UUUUAUGUACUUUCUUUGUUUAACAAUAACAGAGAUAGAUAGAUAGAUAUAUAUAUAUCUUUGCUUUCUUUCUCUGUCUUUAUUUCCUCUCUGCGGAGAAGCGUCCGAGAGUCUUUCUCUUUCUAUUUCAUUUUCUUUCUCUCUCUCUUUUUGUUUUCUUUGUGGCUCCUUAUUUCAGAAAGGAAGUGUCUCUUCUUGUACAGAAGAAAACUCAGAACGAGGAAUCAAUCAAAAAGAAAAGGAGGGGAGAGACUCUUAGUACAAAGAAAAGACACCCAAGAAACCAGAUAAGAGAAGAAGGGGGAGCAUACACAUACACCCUCUUACCUUAGUUUUAGUUGGAAGACAAAAGAAAAAGGAAAAAAAAAAACGUUUGCUUUUGUUAUUAUGAGGCUGUCUUUGUGAAGAUUAGUUUCAUUUCCUUGGUGGGGUUUCUUUAAACCUUUUCCUUUUCGUUUUCCUUCUUGGGGUUAUUGAGUCUGGUUUGUUGAGCCAUGGCCGGUAGCAAUGAAGUCAACCUCAAUGAAUCCAGGAGGGUUGUUCCGUUGAAUACAUGGGUCCUCAUAUCCAAUUUCAAGCUAGCAUACAAUCUACAGCGCCGUCCAGAUGGAACCUUUAACAGAGACUUAUCGGAGUUCCUUGACCGCAAAGUCCCUGCCAAUAUCAACCCGGUUGAUGGGGUUUUCUCCUUCGAUCAUGUUGAUGGAGGCACCGGCCUUCUUAACAGGGUCUAUCAGCCAUCUUCUCAGAAUGAGGCUCAAUGGGGCAUUGUGGACCUUGAAAAACCUUUGAGCACCACGGAGAUCGUUCCAGUCAUAGUCUUCUUCCAUGGUGGAAGCUUCACUCAUUCUUCUGCCAAUAGUGCUAUCUACGACACUUUUUGUCGCCGCGUUGUUAGCUUUUGUAAAGCCGUUGUGGUCUCUGUGAAUUAUCGCCGAUCACCUGAACAUAGAUAUCCUUGUGCAUACGAUGAUGGUUGGGCUGCUCUUAAGUGGGUUAAAUCAAGAACUUGGCUUCAAAGUGGGAAGGAUUCUAAAGUCUAUGUUUAUUUGGCUGGAGAUAGUUCUGGUGGAAAUAUAGCUCACCAUGUAGCCGUGAGAGCAGCAGAAGCAGAUGUUGAGGUAUUAGGUAACAUUCUUCUCCAUCCAAUGUUUGGUGGGCAGAGGAGAACAGAAUCAGAAAAGAGAUUGGAUGGGAAGUAUUUUGUCACACUGCUGGACCGUGACUGGUAUUGGCGAGCUUAUUUACCUGAAGGGGAAGAUAGAGACCAUCCGGCUUGUAAUCCCUUCGGCCCUAGGGGCAAAAGCCUUAAAGGACUCAAGUUUCCCAAAAGUCUUCUUGUUGUGGCUGGUUUGGAUCUAAUUCAAGAUUGGCAAUUGGCAUACGUUGAAGGGCUUAGAAGAUCUGGUCAAGAAGUAAAACUUCUUUUUCUAGAGAAGGCCACAAUCGGGUUCUACUUUUUGCCAAAUAACGAUCACUUCUAUUGCCUCAUGGAGGAGAUAAAGAACUUCGUCACUUCUAACUGUUAAUAGUCUCUACUUAACCUUAACUACAGGCAGCAUACGUAACAAAGCUUGACAAUUCACUCGGUUUUUUCCCUUUCGAAGUGAUGGUGUGUAGUUAUAAGCUUGUGUAGUCUUAUUACUUCUUACUGUAUUCCCUUUUGUGGUGGUGAUGGUGUUCUCACUCUGGAGAUGAUUUCCUUUCCUAAGGUUUUUUUAGGUGGAUAAAGAUUUUCUCGUGAGAAGGCCUGUUUCCAGUGGUUCCAAGGAUAGGAGCUUGUUUAUGGGAAUCGCGCAUUCAGCUGAGCCACCAGAUAUAGAAACUUACCCCAGUCAGCUUCCGGCCACAAAUAAGGGGAAGAGAGAAGUGUAGGGGUAAUGUUUGGUGGUUGAUUAAUUGGUUCUAGGAAAUUGGUAAAUCUUUAAGCACUAAUUUCAGAACAAGGAAUGGAAUAUAUCCAUCUUGUUAUGAACUUGUAUGUUAUACUUGUGCUCUAGAGUUAAUAUAAAGAUUUUGUUUUCUGUCAAACUUUGCUAUCUGGCAUCGAAGACCCAAUGUUUGUGUUGUUUUUGUGCCUUGUGUUGCCACUUCCCUUUUUAUGAUGAAGCAAAUCCUUAACUGAGGUAUUUUCCUUCUUGUUGGAAGUGAUGAGAUAAGCAGCAGUAGGUUUCAGAUAGCAAGUGUUUUUUUUUUUGUGUGCUAGACAAUUCUUUACUAAUGGUGAAGUUCCUGGAUUCAUAGUG